AUGCAGCCGAGUGAAAAGAAGACGUUAUCCUGCUCCAAUUGUAGGAAGAGAAAACGGAAAUGUGAUGGAGGUCACCCGUGCUCCAGCUGUUCCAAAAAAAGCAUCACAUGUGACUACAACACAACAGACAGACGAUCGCAAAGGUAUUCUGUUGGAUAUAUCAAAAGUUUAGAGACCAAUAACGAUGUAUUGGAAAACACUCUUGCAGAAUUAGUGACCCUUCGAAAUAGUCCUGAAGAGCUAGCGGCCAAACUCGAAUCGAUUAGCGUAUCUUUUCCGAAAAGAGUUGAGCGGCCCGAAUUUUUGUCAAGCGACAUAAUUAUGGAUGAAGACUUUGAACCAUCUGAAAAUGAGGAAGCGGAGAAACCAUUCAUUACUGAAAAAGACCAGUAUUUUGGUGCGGGGAGCGUGUAUCAUUGUAGAAGCGUCCCCACCCAAAAGCAGGAGCCAUUAUUGACUAGGAAAUUCGACUCUCAGGGCCGCGUAAAUAAUGUGGUGACGCUAGAAAGAAACUUCGACUAUGUGGCUGGCUUGGUACGCGGCUAUUUUAACAACCAGUAUCAUGGCACACAGCAUGCGCUCUUUGAUAAAAAGCGCAUAUUGUUUGAGCUCGAGAAUCGCAACUUUUCCGGUCCUUUCCUCAAUACUCAGUUGGUUUAUGCAAUUUGUGCAAACUGUGAGCUGCUCACCUACCAAGAGGCAGAUGCAUACUGUGACUUCGUACUCCAAGAUCUUUUUCUGGAAACAGUAGCACUGUCGAUCGCCGUGUCUCAAUGUUAUACUCUCUUAGCAAUGCACUGUGCCUCGAAGGGACAGAUUUCGAAGGCAUGGUUGUUUGCAGGAAUUGCAAUUCGUGUUGGUUUGGAUGUUGGUUUCGAUAUGUGUCAUGGAGAAAACGCCUGUUCUACAGCAAAUCGGUGUUUUAUGGGCACCCUUGUCAUUGAUCAGUACCUUGCUAUGUCUUUGGGACGCCGGCCAUCGCUCCAGCAAAACUCAGUCCCAGUUCUUCGACUCGAAGGAGAAACAGACGUGGACUACUUAAAUGCAAAGUAUUCGGUGGAGCUUAUAGAGAUGACGAAGCACAUGAUCAGGCUGACUUACCAACCUGUGAUUUUUGACAAGGAUCCGAAAGUCAACUAUCUUCUCAAGUUCAACAGACUGAAGGUUUUCAAUAUGAAAUUACUCAAAUGGAGGCAGAACUUGGACCCUGCAUGCUCUUGGCUGUACACCUCUUUGAAAUCAUCGAAGAAUUUGGCCAAAGAAAACCACACCCUCAAAUUCCUUUACUACUACUUGCUUAUUUUUUUGAACAAGCCGUUUUUGCAUGUGCCGAAGCAACACUCCACCGUAUUUCUCAUUGAGGAAAUGGCGAAAGAAGUUUACCUAAUAGUGCACCUGAAGCUUGUCAGAAUCAACGAAGAAACCGGACUUAAGAUCCAGCCACGCGAAUCACCUACGGAGCCUCUCAUAUCAAGCAACAAAUUUUGCUCAGCAAGCAUGGAUAUCUGUGUGGUCAUGCUAUUGGCGAAUGUUUUGAUGACUUUGAUGACCAGUCAGCAAGCACACUACAUUCAUUUGGAGAAGCAAUUUAAGGCGUUUGCCCACUACAUCAACUACAUUAACUUGAGAAAGUAUGAUGCGGCCGAAAAGCCAAUGGCGAUGUUGCUCAAAAAGUUUGAAGCUUUCAAAGCGAAGAUGAGGGAUGAAAUGGUGCUCUCGGACGAUAAAUCAUCUGACCACGAGCAAUUCAAUGUCGAAGAUGAGCAGAACAGUGAGCUAGCUAGCAAAUCAUCACCACCUACAUCGGAUUAUUCCAAUUCGACGAGUCAAGUCACCGAUUCAGAGCUUGCAGGAAAGCCAAAUCCGACGCUUAUGGCAAACUCUGCCUGGGAAGCACCUGCGGAAAUCAUGAUGCGCCAGACAAUGCCUCUGUCCAUACCUCUCGGGCCGCCGAAGCAAGAUUCAGAGCACUUCGCGUUUGAUCCAUGGUGGCAAGAAUUGAAUUAUGAAACUUCCCCUCCACAAAGCGGCCAUCUUGUGAAUGGGCAAAAUAUGGCCAUGCCACAGAACACGCAGUUUUUGCAUGGAAAUGUGCAACCUCAGAUGCCUUUUUUUAGAUAUUCUGCUCCAGAUGGCUUCCCCAGCUACGACUAUCUCCCGAAAUCGAAAGACCCAGUGGACCAGAUGUUGAAUCUGCUCUUCAGUAAUACGGGAGUUGAGUUUACAACAGACAGAGAUCGCCUCGAUUGGGACAGUCUAUUCAAGGGGCAGUAA